UGUGGUACACGGGCCUCUCACUGUUGUGGACUCUCCCGUUGUGGACCACAGGCUCUGGACGCGCAGGCUCAGCAGCUAUGGCUCACGGGCCCAGCCGCUCCAUGGCAUGUGGAAUCUUCCCAGACUGGGGCACAAGCCCAUGUCCCCUGCAUCGGCAGGCGGACUCUCAACCACUGCACCACCAGGGAAGCCCUCGUUCUAGUCCUUUUUGAGUUUGUUCAUAGGCCAGGCUAAUUGCCAAUAAUGAGAUUAGAAGCACGGCUAUGGAGCACAGGCUCCGGACGCGCAGGCUCAGCGGCCAUGGCUCACGGGUCCAGCCACUCCGCGGCAUGUGGGAUCUUCCCGGACCGGGGCACGAACCCGUGUCCCCUGCAUCAGCAGGUGGACUCUCAACCACUGCGCCACCAUGGAAGCCCAAGGAUGACAUUUUUUUUUAAAGGCAAGAAACUAUAUGGAUGCAACAAAAGUGCAGUGAAUACUUGUAAACCACUCAUGACCAUGCCUUGGAGAACUCAUGCAGGAAAGAAACCCCAUGAACGCUGUGAUUGUAAGAGAGCCUUUCCCAGUAAGUUAAAGCUAAUCACUCAUCAGGAAACUCACACAGGAGAGAAAACAUAUGGAUGCAAUCAACGUCAGAAAGUCUUCAUUACAAAGUCAGUGCUCACCUAUCAUCAGAAGACCCAUCACAGAGAAGGGAAAUCCUAUGGAUGCAGCAAAUGUGGGAAAACUUUCCCUUGGAAGUCAAAACAACUCACUUUACAUCAGAGGACUCAUUCAGGAGAGAGACCUUUCAGAUGCAGAGUAUGUGAUAAAGUCUUCAUGGUUAAGACAUAUCUCACUGUACAUCAGAGAACUCACACAGGAGAGAAACAAUAUGAAUGCUCAGAUUGUGAGAAAGGCUUCUCAAAAAAGGCUCAGCUCCUGAUUCAUCAGCGAAUUCACACAGGAGAGAGACCAUUUGGAUGUAGUCAAUGUCAGAAAUCCUUCAUUACAAAGUCAGCACUAAUCUAUCAUCAGAAAACCCGUCACAGAGAAGGGAAAUCCUAUGGAUGCAACAAAUGUGGGAAAGCUCUUCCUUGGAGGUCAAAACUCAUUUUACAUCAGAGGACUCAUUCAGGAGAGAGACCUUUCAGAUGCAGAGUAUGUGAUAAAGCCUUCAUGGUUAGGACACAUCUCACUGUACAUCAGAGAACUCACACAGGAGAGAAACCAUAUGAAUGCUCAGAUUGUGAGAAAGCCUUCUCAAAAAAGGCUCAGCUCCUGAUUCAUCAGCAAAUUCACACAGGAGAGAGACCAUAUGGAUGCAGUGAAUGUCCACAAGCCUUCAUCCAGAAGUCAGAUCUCAGUAAUCAUAAGAAAACUCAUCAUGCAGUAGGGAAAUCCCAUGAAUGCAGUGAAUGUGGGAAGGUUUUGUCCUCUAAGUCAACUCUCAUUAUACAUCGGAGAAGCCAUACAGGUGAGAAACCCUUCAAAUGCAGUGCAUGUGAUAAAGCCUUCACAUCAAAGGCACAUCUCAUUGUACAUGAGAGAAUUCAUACAGGAGAGAGACCGUAUGAAUGCUUAAAUUGUGAGAAAGCCUUCUCCACUAAGGCACAUCUCAUGAUUCAUCAGCGAAUUCACACAGGAGAGAGGCCUUAUGGAUGUAAUGAAUGUCAACAAGCUUUCAUCCAGAAGUCAGGUCUCACUAACCAUCUACAAAAUUGUCAUUCUGGGGUAAAGUCGUAUGGAUGCAGUGAAUGUGGGAAGGUUCUGUCCUGUAAGUCAACUCUCAUUAUACAUCAGAGAACCCAUACAGGUGAGAAACCGUUCAAAUGUAGUGUAUGUGACAAAGCUUUCGCAGCUAAAUCCUAUCUUACUGUACAUCAGAGAAUUCAUACAGGAGAGAGACCAUAUGAAUGCUGCAAUUGUAAGAAAACGUUUGCUACUUUGUCAACUCUCAUUGGUCACCGGAGAACUCACACAGGAGAGAGACCCUAUAGGUGCAAUGAAUGUCAGAAAGCCUUCUUUCGGAAAUCAGCCCUGGCUAAUCAUCAGCAAACUCAGCAUAGAGGAAAAUCCUCUAUGCAAUGACUGUGGGAAUGUGAGAAAUCUCUUUUGAUUAAUCUUAUCUACUCAGAGAACUCAUACAGAAUAGAAAUGCCUAUGAACGCUCUGAUUAUAUAGACCCUUUUGGAACUCCUGUAGGAAAGAAACCUUAUAUAUGGAAUGAAAGUUGUACAUCUUCCACCUGAAGACAUCUCAUUAUACCAUAGGGAAUCUCACCAAAAAAAGAAACAUUAUAAAGGCAGCAAUUGUCAAAAGACUUUAUUUGAAAGUCACAGCCUAUGCAUUUAUGAGGUAAAAACCUAUGGAUGCAGGGAAAGUGGGAAAUUAUUCUUUUUCAAGUCAUAUUUGUUAGACAUUAUGGUAUUCAUUCAGGAGAGGGACCCUACAGUUGCAGUGAAUGCAGCCAAGCUAAGAAAAAUUACAUCUCAUUGUACAUAAAAAUAGAAAUUUCAGGAAUGUUGUGAUAAUGACAGUAUUCCCUAGAAACUCAAAACUCUUUGAACAUCUUGUACAGGAGAGAGAUCCUGUAGGUGCAGUGAAUGUGGUAGUCUUAAUGCAUAUCUUCCGAUAAUGCAUGUCUUCCUUACAUCAACAAACCCAGGUAGGAGGAAAGCCUUGUUAAUGUAGUACAUCCUUCAUAUAGAUGUCAAAGCUCGCUAAUCAUCCACAGAUUCAUAUAAGAGAUAAAUAUUUUUGAAACAAGGAAUGUGGAAAGCUUUUGAAAGUGACAUAUUAAACACCAGUUACUUAAUUCAGGAGAGAGUCCAGUGGAUAUAGUUAAAGUCUGCCUUUCGCCACAAACGGGUGCGAAUUGCAGUGAUUGUCAAAAUGCUUUAUUUACAAUUCAGAGCUCCUUAAUUGCCCACUAACUCAUAUAGCAGAAAGACUCCAUUCUCAGGGGGAUAAUUUCUAGAUUCAAUGAAGUUAUAAAAUCCUUAAGGAAUGAUAUUUCUAUACUACUCCAGUAAACUUCUACUUCAGUAAACUCAUACAUUACAGAAAAACUGUGAUUAUAGUCACUGAAAAUGCUUCCUAUGGAGGAUUGGCUAUCAUUAAGUACCAUGAGCUCUUGAAAACAGAAACAAUUUGCUCCACACAGAGACUUUAUGAAUGUGGCAAAAGCAUCAGUGAUAAAUUAUAUUUUAUUUUUGCAUUUCAUGGUUUUAUUUCUUCACAUCUGACUGUAUCUUAAACUGUGAUGCAUGUUAUAGUUGAUGGAAUGUCAUCAUUUCAUUGUUAGGGCUUUUCUACAUUUGGUGGCAUUCUAGAUUUGAGUAAUUAAGUAAAAUCUGGAAACUAUAGAAUGAAAUAAUUUUCUAAGGGUUUAAUAUAAUUGUUUUAGAAAGGAUUCCAGAGAAUAUUCUACUACAAAUAUUAGGUAUUUUCACUGCAAAUACAAUGCUGUUUGAAUAUAGAAAAAAAACAGAACAUAAGGAUCAGUUGGAUUUCAACCAAGGUUUGUAAGAGUUAUGUUGUAGACUAUAUACUACAUAAAAUGGGCUUUAUGUAUUUAAUUUUAUUUUUAUUUUUGGAAUUACAUGAAGAAUGUAAUUUUUAGAGUUUAAUAAAUUUCCAGCAUAGGCAUAGAAUGUUGAGUAAUAUAAUCUAAUAUAAAUAGAAAUGUUCUAUUUCCUUAUAAAUCAAAAUUUAAUAUGUAAUUUGACUCAUUAAUAAGUCUAAAGAAUUACAUCACAUAAGUUUGUUGUCCUUAUUUUUACUGUCUUUCUUAGUAUUUCUGCCAACUGUGAUGAUACAUCACUUCUUAAAGCCUACAUUUUUCUAGAGCCUUAUUUUUGAAAUAUCCAAAGAUGAUAAAAGAUGUACAUAAAAUACUAAAAAACAAGAAGCACAUGAGACUGAAGGAGGGAAGAAGACAGGGUUAUGUGUGGCCUCUCACUGUUGUGGCCUCCCCUGUUGCGGAGCACAGGCUCCGGACGCGUAGGCCCAGUGGCCAUGGCUCGGGCCCAGCCGCUCCACGGCAUGUUGGAUCUUCCCGGACCGGGGCACGAACCCGUGUCCCCUGCAUCGGCAGGCGGACUUUCAACCACUGCGCCACCAGGGAAGCCCUCUUUUUUUUUUUUUUUUUAACAAAAGGUUCAGAGCCAGCAUGACUAAGCACAGGCAACAGAGCACAAAAGUUAAAGUAAAAAACAGAUGUAAUAUGGAGUCAGUUAUUCUUCCCUAUUAUAACACUGAAGCUCAGAGUCCAGUAUGAACAUGACAGAUCUCAUCCCCAUGACCCUGGGGGUGGGUUUGGGGCAGGAAUUGGAGAUGAGGAUCCACUUUGCUGUCUCAGCACAGCGCUGAGUGCCCUGUCUAUCCCACGCUCCCUCACACACACACAGUUCACAGCAGUGGACUCAGGAAAGUUUCCCCCUCAGCUGCACCUGCUCUUAAUUAAUUCUGUCUUAAUCCCCAGGACCUGCAGAUGCUGGCUUGGGACUAACGUUUACCGCUUCUUUGCAGAUACACCACAAUCCCUUUGCAGAUAAUGUCGGUGCCUCACAGGUGACAGGGUAAUUGCAGAGAUUUGGGGGGAGAUGGACUCGUGAUCUCAAGACACAUAACCGCUUUGGCUUACAUGGCACGUAUUUACUGACGGCCACAGUCCUGCUGCCCGUUUCCAAAGCAGAGAUAAACUCUGAGAAACCCAUGAAGCACCAAGCACCAGGUGGAAAAAGCAAACUCAGCAGACAUCUUGAGUCCUAUUGCAGAAACUUUUCAUCUAUAGCAAACUAAGCCCAUGCGCCACAACUACUGAGCCUGCACUCUAGAGCCCAGGAGCCACAACUACUGAGCCCGUACGCCUAGAGCAACAAGAGAAGCCACCGCAAUGAGAAGCCUGCACACCACAAUGAAGAGUAGCUCCCGCCAGCCGCAACUAAAGAAAGCCUGUGCACGGCAACGAAGACCCAAUGCAGCCUAAAUAAAUAAAUAAAAUUUAAAAACUGUGAGAGCAGUGCCUGGCGCAGGGUCAAUACUCAGUACAUUGUCACUCUUUGUAUGUUUAUUUUUCUGGUCUCACAAAACAUGGAUUACAGUGCACAUUUCAUCGUGAGCCUAGAGCAGGGCUGGGAUAUGGUAGGAUAUGAUGUAUCAGGCCCACGUGUCAUUCUAAGAGUUAACUUGGAAGGAAACACUAAUUCACCCAGGCCUGAUUUGAUCCAUAACAAGGCUGUCAUUCUCUAUCAUGUUUUAGAGGCUUUGACCCUGGCAGGACCCCUCAUUACUGGAGUAAACGAGGGUGGUCAUGUUGACUAAGGUCAGUGGGGAGGGAACUGUGGAGGAGCUCAGCAGUACUGUCUUUAGGUCUCUUUUGGAGCCAACAUUGUUACUUUAUAUGUAGAAAAGUCUCCUCAGGACAGACAUGCAAGUGGGUCCUGUUACAAUUUGUGCUGAAGGAGAAACAUUAGAAAAAAGACAUAAAUAGAUCACAAAAGGCAGAGAUAUGGUGGCAAUCAAACUGAUUUGUAGGUAGAUCUAAUAUAAUAGUCCCAGACUCUAACCCAGAUCUUCAACCUUUAUUCUUCAGGCCCAGCUGCUUUUGGGGACACACUUUCUCCUUAGUAUGUGGAGUCCCUCAUGAUAUUCAAACAAAACUAUCAUUUUUUAUUGUUGUAAGAGCUUAGUCUUAUAUAUAACUUUCUUUGUUCCCUGGUAUACCGUAUUGACAUUAAAAUGGAAAAAGCAGAAUCCUGGAGAAAUUUGCUGCUUAUUAACUAUUUUUGAAAACCAUUCUUGUUUGUUGGUAAAGAUGGUAUUAAAUUCAUCUAUUGGGUUAUUUUUAA